ACUGUUUUCUUCCGGGACGCCGCUGUCACCAAAAAAAUGGCUUCUCUUGACAGGGUAAAAGUAUUAGUUUUAGGAGAUUCCGGGGUGGGCAAGUCUUCCUUGGUCCAUCUGCUAUGUCAGAAUCAGGUGUUAGGAAAUCCGUCAUGGACUGUUGGUUGCUCUGUGGAUGUACGGGUCCAAGACUAUAAAGAGGGUACCCCGGAGGAGAAAACCUACUACAUUGAACUCUGGGAUGUCGGAGGAUCUAUUGGCAGUGCCAGCAGUAUCAAAAGCACCAGAGCCGUCUUCUACAAUUCAGUUAAUGGAAUUAUGUUGGUACACGAUUUAACAAAUAAGAAAUCCUCUCAGAAUCUCUACCGCUGGUCACUAGAAGCUUUAAACAAGGAUUCCUCACCAACAGGAGUUAUUGUCUCAAACGGUGACUAUGAUAGAGAGCAGUUUGCUGAGAACCCAGUGCCUUUGCUGCUGAUUGGCACCAAGUUUGACCAGAUCCCAGAGAAUAAACGCAAUGAAGUUCUUACUCGGACGGCCUUCCUGUCUGAGGACUUCAAUGCAGAGGAGAUCAAUCUCGACUGCACCAACCCAAGAUACCUUGCUGCAGGCACAUCAAACGCAGUGAAGCUUAGCAGGUUCUUUGACAAGGUAAUAGAGAAGAGAUAUUUCACAAGAGAUCCAAGUCAGAUGCCGGGUUUCACAGACCGAAAACGGUUCAACUUCAAAAGUUUGCACUAUGACUGAAGCGCCAUGAACGCAACAGAAGUGGUUUGUGGUUUGGCUGUAAUGCCUUUGGGCUUUUACACCACAAGGCACAUUCACUGACAUACUUUGUGUAGCCCCCCCCCCACCCGCCUAUUGUUUUUUCACUGCCAUUUCUUCUUCAUGCAAAUCCUUCUCAACACUUUUUCAUCUGCUGUGUGUAAAGACCUAAAUUACCGCUGCAAAAAAUAGAAUUACAAAAUAAUAGAAUAGUUUAUAGAAUAAUAAAGAUAAAUAUGUACAUUCAGUUUAGCACAUUUCGGAAAUGAAGAAACAUGCAAGAUGAUGUCAAAGGGCAUAGGCACAUCUUAUAAAUGUACAGUGAGAUUUUGUGUUAAAUCACUUUUCUUUUAUACAA